AUGACGGAAGAAACUCAUACCGCUCCAGUUGAACCCGCCGCCGUAGAAGAGCCACUUGAUUUAGUUCGCUUAUCACUUGAUGAACGAAUAUACGUCAAGUUACGUGGAGAUCGUGAACUACGUGGUAAACUUCAUGCUUAUGAUGGUCAUUUGAAUAUGGUAUUGAGUGAAGUUGAAGAAACUAUUACAGUCGUAGAAAUUAAUGAAGAAACAUAUGAAGAAGUUAUUCGUACUCAAAAAAAAACUUCGGAAAUGUUAUUUGUACGUGGUGAUGGUGUUAUUUUGGUUGGUUUUUAG